AUGGCGCGACUCUCGCAUUCUACUGUACAUCCCAUUAACAGAAGCGCAAUCGAUAUUGCAUCAGCAGAGCUGGGGAACCUACUGCUGCGACUACAAAAGACUGUUCUUCAUACAGAUAGCGACCGCGAACGACGACUGCGAUCGAGCGAAUUCGAAAGAGCACGAGUAGCAUCCAACCUCGAAUACGCACGGCACUCUUUGACGAAACUAGAACACGAUGCGCUGGGGAUCAAAGCGCCAGGUCGGAGGGCUGAAGUGCAAAGCGACCUGAAUGGGAAGAGAGAGCUUCUAGAACUGCUACUGGAUCGGUUAGAAGACUUGAGACAAGUGGCAAUUGAGGAGGACGAAGAUGAUGAGAGUACCGACGGAGAAGAUAUCCUCUCAGAAAUAAUACCUACGCCGAGCGAUAGCAUGGUCGAUUCCAUAUCAACAGGGCAACCCACCGAAAGCUCAGGGCAAGAUGAUGAUGUCGAGUCAGAGCCCCCCGAGGCAACGACGAUACCAGGGACAACAGCCACGGUACCAGCGCCAGCAUCAACAACACCCCCUGACACGUCUACGACAUCGCAAGAGCACAAACAACGACCCACGCAAACAACGCAGAACCUAAGAUCAAGAGGCGCACCUUCAUCUCCAUCACCGCCUGCCCAUUCAACAGCACGCGCGGCGCUUUUCGCCAAUCGAAGCAAACCCUCUACUCCCCAAACAUCAACAGCAACAGCCGAAGCCUUACUUGACCAUCAACGACACGAACAGGAAGCCCUCUCAGAAUCGAUUCUUCAGAUGGCGAGUGCUCUAAAGUCAAGCUCACAACGUUUCUCAACCACUCUCGAGGCAGACAAGGACGUAGUGGCGCGUGCAGGUGAGGGAAUGGAUAAGACAGAACAGAGCAUGGUGGCGGCGAAGGGGCGAAUGGGUAUGCUCAAGAGGAUGACAGAAGGAAAGGGAUACUUUGGGAGGCUACUGCUAUAUGCAUAUAUCGCUUUGCUUGCUGUGGCAUGCAUACUCGUGGUCUUUGUUUUACCCAAGUUGAGGUUCUGA